AUCAUCUGAGGUUAAAGAUGAUCUAAGGUUAAAGAGCAAUCGUUGGUUGAAAGAUGAAAAUAAUGCUCGAAAGAAAGAUGUUCGGAAUAUUAUUUUUUUAACAUUUGCAAAACUAUGCCUUAUAUUACUAUUAUAAGAAUAAUUAUACUAAAAAUAUAAUUUUAUUUGUACUUUUGCUAAUAAAUAUAUAGUGGAUAUUGCCCUGUCCCCCUUAAAAAAAAAUAAAGAAGAUAUAUUUGCCCUAUAAAGUCAAAAUUUCCGUUUAAAAGCGGGAGGUCCCACGAUCGCUCCAACCCGAAAAUGAAGAGAAAAAAAAAAAACAACUUGUUUGACUUAUCUCAUGAUAAAGUUCCCCGCCUCUAUAAUUGGAGGGGAAAUGCAUCGAGCACCUUGCGUGCCGCUCCCCGCAACCAGAUGGCUUCUUCUUCUGUGUUGUGUCCUCCAUUUGGGAGUUUCUCGGCCAAGUAUUACUCGGCGGCGGCGGAUGGGAGCUGCGUGCGGCAGAACAGCUUCUUCGAGGGAAAGCCCGUCCUCAACCAAGGUGUGGGAUAUUCUGUCAUCCUUGGCUUUGGCGCCUUCUUUGCCCUCUUCACGUCUUUCCUGGUUUGGUUGGAGAAGAGAUAUGUUGGGUCUCGCCACACAUCUGAAUGGUUUAAUACUGCCGGAAGAAAUGUCAAAACCGGGCUCAUAGCAAGUGUUAUUGUAUCACAGUGGACUUGGGCUGCAACAAUCUUGCAAAGCUCUAACGUUGCAUGGCAAUAUGGAAUCAGCGGCCCAUUCUGGUAUGCUAGUGGCGCUACCAUUCAGGUGCUUCUGUUUGGUAUUAUGGCCAUUGAGAUCAAAAGGAAGGCUCCUAAUGCACACACAGUCUGUGAAAUUGUCAAAGCUAGGUGGGGAACUGCUGCACAUAUUGUAUUCCUUGUAUUUUGCUUCAUGACAAAUAUAAUUGUGACUGCAAUGCUACUUCUUGGCGGCUCCGCAGUAGUUAAUGCACUUACUGGUGUAAACAUAUAUGCCGCAAGCUUUUUGAUCCCUCUUGGUGUUAUAAUUUAUACAUUAGCUGGAGGAUUAAAGGCCACUUUCUUGGCAAGCUACAUUCAUUCUGUUAUAGUGCAUAUUGUGUUGGUCGUCUUUGUUUACUUGGUUUACACUGCAAGCAGUGAACUAGGAAGCCCAAAAGUUGUCUAUCAUCGCUUAUUAGAUGUUGUUAGCAAAUCUAGAGAAUGUCGAGAACCCAUUUCACACACUGGUCAAGCUUGCGGGCCUAUAAGUGGGAACUAUAAAGGAUCCUACUUAACCAUGUUAAGUUCUGGUGGCCUUGUUUUUGGCAUUAUCAACAUUGUUGGAAACUUUGGCACUGUGUUCGUGGAUAAUGGCUAUUGGGUUAGUGCCAUAGCUGCCCGUCCAUCCUCCACCCACAAAGGCUACUUAUUGGGUGGACUAGUCUGGUUUGCAGUACCAUUCUCUCUUGCAACCUCUCUGGGCCUAGGAGCGCUUGCUCUUGAUCUUCCAUUAACUGCAAGUGAAGCUGCACACGGCCUGGUUCCUCCUGCUACUGCAACUGCCCUGAUGGGAAAAGGUGGAUCUGUGCUUCUAUUGACCAUGCUAUUUAUGGCAGUCACUUCUGCUGGUUCCUCUGAACUGAUAGCAGUCUCUUCCUUGUGCACAUAUGAUAUCUACCGCACCUACAUCAAUCCCGAGGCUACAGGAAAGCAGAUCCUUAAAGUAUCCAGGGGAGUUGUUCUUGGUUUUGGAUGCUUCAUGGGAUUUCUGGCUGUGAUCUUAAACAAAGCUGGAGUCUCCCUCGGCUGGAUGUACCUCGCCAUGGGAAUACUGAUUGGUUCUGCAGUCAUUCCCAUAGCUUUCAUGCUUCUAUGGAGGAAGGCCAAUGCAUUUGGUGCUAUUUCUGGAACAAUAAGUGGCUGCAUCCUUGGCAUAAUAACUUGGUUAGAAGUAACAAAAAUUGUAUACGGACGCAUUGAUCUGGAUACCACUGGUCGGAAUGCUCCUAUGCUUGCUGGGAAUCUUGUGUCUAUACUGACCGGGGGAUUGAUUCAUGCAGUUUCCAGUCUUCUGUGGCCUCAAAGAUAUGACUGGGAAACCACCAGGCAGAUAACUACAGUAGAGAAGAUGAAAGGUGAUUUGCCUGAUGAAGAGUUCAAGGAGGAGAAGCUGAUGAGAGCCAAGGCUUGGAUUAUGAAAUGGGGUGUGGCUUUUACUGCUAUCAUUGUCAUCCUCUGGCCUCUUCUUACUCUUCCUGCAGGACAAUUCAAUUUGGGUUAUUUCACAUUCUGGGCAAUUAUAGCCAUUGCGUGGGGCACAAUUGGUUCAGCUGUGAUCAUCAUCUUACCUCUAAGUGAAAGCUGGAAGACGAUAAGCAGCGUGUGCCUGGGCAUGUUCACGAAUGAUAAGCUAAUGGAGAAGAUAGAUGAAAUGAACCUUAGACUGCAUGCAAUCAUGUUGGCAAUGCCUGAGGCCCAACAAACCUAUUUGCUGGAAAAAGAGAAGGCUAAGAAGCUUGAGGGCUUAGAAGGAAGAAGAACAAGCUCAAAUGUUCCAAUUCCAAGUGUGAUGGACGAGCUGAUGUCCAGUUUGAUUCCCAUGAAUCAGCGUACCCUAUGAAGCAUCUUGUGGCAAGGAGGGAUUAUCCAUGGAAGGUAAGCAGCGAUGCUGCAGGUGUUUCUUCAAAGCUGAAAUUACUUGAGCAAGAUUUGAGUAAUCUGGAGAAGUUAGAUAAAGGGGAGCUGUCAAAGGUCCCAUUGUUGUUGAGAAAGCAAGCA